UAUUUUUUCACCACCGGUACAUAUUAGGACGAACGCAACCAGGAAGCAGUGGACAAACACUGAAAACAAACUGUUUAUCAAUUUUAUUCUAUUAAAUUAACGCUGGAGGAAGCGAUCGCACUGUUUGAACUGUAUCUCGUGGUCAUGAUUAUAUCUUUCUCAUGGGCUGUUUAUUUCAUGUUCGUGUCUAAGGCUGGUGUGGGCAAGAAUUAUGGAAUAGACUGGUGAAGGUCUGCCGGAGAGAUUUCAUUUGAGUAAACAGAGCAAAAUAUACACCGCUAAACACUUUCAGCAUGUCGUUUUUAUUCUCUGCAGAUGGCCUGGACUCUUUGAGAUGGUGAGUCUGGUUCUGUAGGGUUACUUAAGGCGUGAAAAUGGACUUCUCCAAGUUCCUGGCAGAUGAUUUUGAUGUGAAGGACUGGGUGAAUGGAGCUUUUAAAGUGGUUCAGAAAGAUGCACCUGGUAAAACAGACGCUCACGCUUCUACUCUGGUCAUGAAGCUGCAGCUGUUCAUUCAAGAGGUCAAUAACUCUAUAGAAGAGAGCAGCAAUCAGGCCCUGCAGAAUAUGCCACGUGUAUUGAGGGAUAUUGAAGCUCUGAAACAGGAGGCGUCAUUCCUGAAGGAUCAGAUGAUUCUGGUUAAAGAGGACAUCAAGAAAUUUGAACAGGACACAGUGCAGUCUAUGCAGGUGUUGGUGGAGAUUGAUCAGGUGAAGUCCCGAAUGCAGUUAGCAGCUGAAGCGCUACAGGAAGCUGAUAAAUGGAGCACUCUCAGUGCCGACAUCGAGGAGACUUUUAAGACACAGGACGUGGCUGUGAUCAGCGGUAAACUGACUGCCAUGCAGGGUAGUUUGGCGAUGCUGGUGGACACACCAGACUACAGUGAGAAGUGUGUUCAGCUGGAGGCUCUGAAGAACCGUCUGGAAGCUCUGACCAGCACACAGAUCGUCUCCACGUUCAACUCGCUUGCUACAGAUCAAGCAAAGCUUUUUGUAAGAGUUUUUACCGAAAUGGACAGAAUGCCACAGUUACUGGCUUACUACUAUAAAUGCCACAAGGCACAACUGUUGAGCGUGUGGGAAAGUAUCUGUCAGUCAGACGCUCCUCUGAAGCAGCAGCUGUCUGAGUUUUACGACACACUUCUGUCCACAUGGCACACACAGCUCCAGUGGAGCAGUCAGGUCUUUAAAAACCCCUGUGAAGUGCUCACAGUGCUGAUGAUCCAGACGUUGGGGGCGAUGGUGCCGUCUAUCCCAGACUGCAUUGCUGUGGCAUUGAGGCGUAGCUCAGGCGACAGUCGUCUGGACGUGCUUUUGGAGCUUCAUCAGACGGCGGCAAACUUCAGUCGCAGCCUGGAGGCGGCAAUGCAACCGCAGCUCGGCAAGUGUAACCUCUUGAAGGUGGCAGAGCUGGUAUCUUGUGUUUAUUCACCUUAUAAGACUUAUCAGAUGCAGUACGGAGAACUAGAGGAGACGAACUUACUGAUCCAACUCAGUGCUGUUCCUCUGGAGCGUGGUGAGGUUCUGGACUGCGUGUUAGAGCUCACACACUCGGUUCAGAAGGUGUUUGGUUUGGCGGCGGCUGCCGUGGAUCGCUGUGUGAAGUUCACUGAUGGACUCGGCGUGUGUGGGCUCAUCAAAGCCCUGCGAGCGCUUUUCAGCAAGUACGUGGCAGACUUUUCUGUCACGCUUCAAAAGUUUUAUGUUAAUGGAGGUAUGUACAGUUAAAUAAAAGUAUAUAAAUCAUCUGUUUGUUCUUCUAGAAUCAUUGCAGCCUGUGGAGAGCUCCUCAGACAAUGUGGAGCAUUUGAACAGCAGCUUUCAAACAAGAUCUUGGGAAGGGCGGGGCGUUUCCUGUGGGAGGGGUUUAACCCCAGAAGUUUGACUGGCCUACAAGAGGGCGUGGCUGAGAGGCGGAGCCAAAAGAACCCAUGGCAGGAAUACAACUACCUUCAGCAGACUAACAUGGCCGAGUAUAAUACUCUACUGGAGACGCUGCACUCCCUGAAGGAGAAAGGAACAGGAAACUCAAGCUUAUUGGCUGAGACUCGCGGCGCUCUGACGCGUCUGAACCAGCAAGCCAAUCAGCUGGCGUUUGACUCUGUGUUCCUGCAAAUCAAGCAGCAGCUUUUCCUUCUCAACAAACCAGAGGGCCGCGGCUCUGCUAAUUUGAGUCAAACGCUAACUGAUGAUCUACCGGCCUUCAGUUUGUCACCGCAGGAGUACAUCACUAAUAUCGGUCAGUAUAUCAUGUCUUUGCCUCUUCAUUUGGAGCCGUUUGUGACUGCGGAGGAUCCAGCGCUGGAACUUGCGUUACACACUGGCAAACUGCCGUAUCCUCCAGAACAAGGUGACGACGUCCCUGAGCUGGAGAACACGGCAGAUUAUUGGCUGGGUUCUAUCGCCAGGGCGACCAUGCAGACCUAUUGUGAUGUCAUCCUACAGCUUCCUGAGCUCAGCCCGCAUGCAACCAAACAGCUGGCAACUGACAUAGAUUACCUGAGUAACGUCAUGGAUGCGCUGGGGUUGCAGACCUCUAGAACCCUCCAGAAUAUGGUCACCCUUCUUCGUGCCAAACCGGACGAAUACCGGCAGACAGCCAAACCCCUCCCGCGCAGACUGGCCUCCACCAUCGCCACCAUGAGGGGUCUGGAGUACUGACACCAUCACCGGCCAUGGAUGCAUUUGUGUUGAAGGGUUUUCAUUGUUGCCGAAACAAACGCCAAAAUGUGACACUAAACAGAUCUAAUAUUUCUCAGCAAACACAAAUCUAUAAAUGGCACUUUUUGUAAAUUGUUUUUAACAAAUUUUAACAGAAGUUGGUGGUUUGGGAAAAUAAAACAUAGUCUAGGACUAAAUUGUGCAGAAAAGAACAAGUUACAGUGAUUCAGUUUUGGUCUUGCUGGACUUUCUUCUGCUUAUUGUUGACUCCAGGAAUUUAGUUGAAAUGCCAGCUGGUUUAUGCAGUUAGUUGUUGCAUAUUUAUUUUUUUGUGUUUUGCUUGUUUGCCAUUAUUUCUCUUGAUCAGUAAUAAACGUGAGUGCUCUUGUGUUUCUGGUUUAUCAGGCUACAUGGUAACUAAUGCUUUCGAAUGCAUUUUCACGUCUGGUUUUCUGACUUUGUAUUUCUGUUUUCUUUGCUCACAUGGAGAGUUUCAUACAGCAUUUUCUGAUCAAUUCUGUUCAUUUGAUAAAAUAAAACACCUGAACAGA